AUGUCGCUUUUAACAACAAAUGAAAUCUUCGAUUGGAUUUGUAUAAUAAUGAUUAUACUUGGUACAAUUGGAAAUAAUUUUGGUUUAAUUGUAUUUUCAUCACGAAAAUUUCGUCGAACUACAUAUGGUCGAUUAGCAAUAACAUCUUUAAUAAUAAAUCUUCUAUGUGUUUAUCGUUAUUCACUUCUUCUUCAUUCAAAUACACGUCGAUGGAUUGCAUUUAAAACUGGACAAUCUUGGUUUAAUUGUAAAUUAUAUAGAUUUUCAUCGUGUUUAAGAAUGUUAUCAGCAUUUGUAACUAUUGCAUGGACCUAUGAAAGAUUUACUUAUGUAACAAUUAGUUUUCGUUUGGUGACAAAAAAUCCUUAUGUUAAAAAAUAUAAAUUUUAUUUUAUGACCAUUUUAUCUUUGAUUAUUAUUACUGCUGUUACUGGGCCGACUGUUUAUUUUUAUGAACUAAAAUCAAUUCCAUUAUUUAUUCCUCAAACAAUAAAUCAACAAAAUGAAACAUUAAUAAAAAUAUUUAGAUUAACAAAUUCAACAUCAUUGGCAAAAUAUGCUCGUCAUGAUGAACCCUUAACAUAUAGGCAAAAGAGCAAUCAUUCAUUUCAUAUGGUUUGUGGUUUAAAAAGUUUGAUAGAUCCAUCAUGGCAUAGUUUUUUACUUGAUGUUCGUUUUGGUUUAAAUUAUACAACACUUCGCUCAAUAUUUUCUGAAAUAAUUCCAUCAUUAUUAGUUAUUUUUUUUAAUAUUGGAAUAAUAGUAUGUGUUAUUAAAGCAACAUUAUCAUUUUCAAAAACAAAUACAUCGAUAACAAUGCGUCAACUUCAUAACAGUUCAUUUCAAAUAAAGGAAGGUGUUGAUGGUUUAAUAGUUCAUAACAGACCACGUACAUCAUGGAUGAAUAUUGUUUUAAUUAUUCAUUCGUGUCUUUUCUGUUUUUCAUCAUUAACAGCAACCAUUGUACAUUGGUCAACAUCGAAUGUACUUUUAUCACAUUGGACAAGUGUUGUCAUAUUAACUAAUUGUUCAUUAAAUUUUUAUGUUUAUUGUUUAAGUGGAAAAUCAUUUCGGCAUGAAAUAAGAAAAUUAUUAAAUGAUUAUGUUCAAUUAUGUUGCUUUGUUAAAUUUAUGAAUUUAUUUCGAACUAAAUCUCAACGUGAACAUGCUCGACAAGCAGUUCGAAUGCAUGUAGUAAGACAAAGAAGUACUAUUUUAUCACCACCACCAACGAAUACUUAUAUACGUACACCAUCUUUUGUACAACUAUAA